AUGCGAAGACGGCACCGCAGCUACCAUGCGACUCGCGCCGCUGCUAACGCACAGAACUCAAGUCAUGGCUCAACUGGCGUAGCUGGUGCAUCUGACGAGGCGUCUAGCGCUUCAAUAGCGUCGACUAAUUCCGUCUCGACUGCUGGGGGCUCUACGAUUCACGGGAAUGUCAAUGUGCGACCAGACCUGAACGCUAGUGCACUUAGCGUUGACGCCACAGGCUCCGUCGCUGUACUGGCAGGACGCAAGGGGCUGCACCUUGUAGACCUGGAGACGCCAUUUCUUCCGCCUGCCACGCUAUACCACCAGACGAAGCUGGAGGUGACAGUGGUCAAGUGCAACCCGCACGCGCUUUUCAAGAGCCAUGUCGCCUCGUCCAGCAACCGGAACACACUCAUUUGGGACAUCGCAGACAUCGCUGUGGGCUCCGGAGCGUCAGCUUCGAUCGGGGCGGGUCAGGGCUCGUCGAGCGCCUAUAAACAUGGUCGUAGGAACGGAGGAGGGACUAGUGGCGGCAGUGAAUCGCAGACAACGACGCAGCCGCUUGUGGCUACACUUCGAGCUCACACGCGUCCUGUCAGUGACGUGGCUUGGUCACCUAUGGAGCCUUCGCUGCUGGCGACGAGCUCUGCAGACGCCAAGACGCUGCUUUGGGAUAUGAGGUCGCCUCAGAGGCCGGUCCAGACGCUGAAUGCUUUCAACACGAGUGUGAUCCAAGUGGAAUGGAACCGAGUGGAUGCCACGUCGCUAGCUACAGCUCAUGAUGGAGAAGUUCGAGUCUGGGAUCUUCGUGCCGCUGGAGAGAGGACGGUGGCGCCGGCGGCGCUGAUUACAGCGCAUAUGCAGAAGAUCUACGGCUUGGAUUGGCAUCCACAGCGUAUGUAUGAAUUGGUCACGUGCUCAGAGGACAAGACAGUCAAGUUCUGGGAUGUGACGCAGCCCAGAGUGUGUCAGGGCAUGCUAAGUACGGGCGCCCCAGUGUGGCGAGCGCAGUACACGCCGUUUGGUGACGGUCUGGUGACGAUUUCGCAGCGUAUGGACAACACAAUUCGCCUCUGGGCUCUCUCGCACAGUGAAGGGGACAGUGGAGGGGGCGGUGAUGCAGGAGGUGUCGAUAUCUCGGGUGCUGGUACCGGAGCGGCUGUCACGGCUGAGCUGGUGCACUCAUUUGUGGGUCAUAGUGACCUGAUCAAGGGGAUGGCAUGGCGUGUGAGACCCCAGACAAGUGUCUACCAGUUAGUAUCGUGGUCUAAAGAUCAAGAGCUGCGUAUGUGGCACGUGGAUGUGCCGCAACUUGAGGCCUGUGGCUACGACACGGCGUCCUAUCUCGCCGACGUGGCUCCUUCCGAGGGCAACAACGCGAGUGCCCGCCAACAGUCCGAUGCUCAACGUAUGAUGCGAGCGGAAUUCGCUGAGAUGCACGCUCAGCACUCCAAGUACAGCCUUUCAACACUCAAGACAGAUUUUGUCCCGCUUGUGGUGCCAAAGUCGGCUGUGCCAUUGAGCACGGAUGAAUACACACUGGAGGGCAAUGACAGCUCGCUGCAGGCUCUUCUUGCACUGGAGGAAGAGCUCAUGAAAGGCGGAGAGUCGCAAUCUGCCAGUAGCGACGAUGAGAGUCCAGUGUCAGCAACUGGAGACAAGGACGACGAACAUUCCGAUGAUUCAAGUACGAAAGAGCGUGCUGCGAGCUCUAACGGCGCCAGAGCUCUGCCGUGUCCUCGGAUCUCUGGCGCAGCCUUCAGUGGCCCCAACAUGUUGCUGAUUUUUGAUUCCCGCGUGGCAAUCGGUCAGUCUCGCAGCUCAGCAGUCCCUACUGCGGUCGCUGCAGGCAAAGGGAGCAAGCCACAGGCGCCUCCGAACAAAUUGCCGCGUACGUAUGAGGAAUUGCUGAAUUUACGGGACUCUCGCUUCGCGACCAAGAAGAACAAGAAGCCGCCUGUGAAGCUUCUUUCGUCGGCUAAUAUCGGGGGAUCUAUGGACGUUGGCACCAACGAUUGGACUGGGCAGCAGCAACAGCCACAGGAACUGAUGGACAGUGGCGUCAUGGGAGGCUUUGGAGAGGACGUGGACAACCACUCGCACGGAUAUCGUCAUGCGUCCAUGUAUUAUUCUUCUGGCAGUGGAGGUGCGAGUGGAAACGACGAGUUAUUGAGUGGAGUGAACGAGAUGGACCCGCCUAUUCACGCUGGACCCGAGUACUUGAACACGUACUUCUCCAGCGCAGAGUAUCAUUUACCCGUGAACAAUCCGGAGCAUCUUUUAUCCAUGCCGACAAGUGCGGUGGCUGGCCACCAGCUCUCUCCGCGAUCUUCAGUCCGUGCCAACCAGCCAGAGCGAUUAAAGCGCGUGGAACAGCCCGCCCCGGCGCUUAAUCUGGAUCUGAGUAUCAGCGUCACGAUUCUCGACUUGUCCAAGCUUUGUGGAGUGUCUUCAAUCUUAACGUACCAGACUGACCUUAUGCCUCGAGGUUUCGGUCCCUCGGCUGCAGUAUUCCCUAAGACGAGCACGUCAGCGAAGCGCAAGAAGAGUCAAGCUGGAGCUGUGAACCGCUCGAUGAUCUCCUGGAUGCUGCGAGCAGCUGAAGAUAUGCCCGACAAGCGUGGGGCUUCGUCAAAAAAUAACCUGGCCCGUGUGCUCAAGGGAUUAUUAGCCGAAAGCGAUGCAGCCAAGGCGCAACAAGACGAUGACGAGACCCCAAAUGAGAUUUCCAGCACUGCAUUAGCUGCUACGUGUGCACAAAAUGCACGAACAUCGAUGCUGGCAGGACGGAGCGACUUGCAGCAGAUUUGGUCGCUGCUGGAGAUUUCUACGGCUCCCGAAGUAGGGCUGCCUAUCUACAAGAAGAACGUUAACACUUCGGCGUCGCUUUGCCUACGAACGUCGCAUCCCUGGAGCGCUCAUCCACUCGGCAAACGACUCGUACACAAAGUGCUUGACAUGUACGAACAAGCUGGCGAUGUUCAAGCGCUGGCGUCGAUUGUGUGUGCGCUGAAGCCGAACGAGCGCAAGGAACCGGACGCGAUUCGCGACUCCGUGGCGCCCUCGGCCAUCACGAUGGAAGAUCAGCUCCCAGUUGUGCGUGAAGACAGACGAUCAAGCAUCGAGGAAGUCGAUUACAUAACGGGGUCGGCCACCAUUGGUGCAUCUGCAUCUACCAGCAGUGGCAUGCGUUCCAGACGCUCGUCAUCGAAUACGCUGUCGCAGCUGGUGGUGGACUCAAAUGACGCUCCUCCUGUGAUGAGGGGAGCUCGACGAUCGAGUAGCCACAGUGAAGCACGGUCCCAGACACUGCCACUUGAUAAGGACUCUGCCGUACGCGCUCUCAAAGACUGGCCGUUGACUAGCAACGGGACGACGAGCGCCUCAUCCAGUCGCCAAUCAAGCCCCGUUCGAGACCACAAUCUGUCCAUUGGGAGCUGGAAAAUGGACUUUGAUCAUCCGUUCAAGACAUGGAGCGGCAACUCUGGGAAGGAGCCUCCUCCGCCUCGACUAACUGCCGAUACAUUCCAGCCUCCGAUUCAGGCGGUGAAUGGCAAGUCGCCAGCACCUUCAAUGACUGUGACAGCAUCUCCUAGAGUCAACCCGGUGACUCCUUCUCCUCUGCACGGAUCUCUCGGCUCCACGAGUAGAGAAGAGGAAGUGGACGCGAAUGACCGAGUGCUGCUGCAGUUGAGUUUCCGCCCUGCAGAUGACGAGAAGUGUCUGCUUUCGACACUCCCUGAAGACGAGGCCCGCUAUGAUAUCUACAAAGAGGCGUACGCAGAUGUUCUGUAUCGCUACGGAGCUAUGAACCUGCGCAACGAGGUGCUCAAGACGAAGUCUCAUGGAGUCCAAGACCCGCGUGGUAUCUCAAUGGGGCUCAUAUGCGGCUCGUGCAAUGCGAAAACAAUCGAUCCAGUGUGCUCAAGCUGUCGGGACUUUGCAGUGCGCUGUUCCGUGUGUCAGCUCGUUUUGAAAGGCCAGUCGAUGUUCUGUAUGAGUUGUGGCCACGGUGGCCAUGCCGAACACAUCCGCGAGUGGUUCGAGGUCGAGACGUCGUGUCCAACUGGAUGCGGUUGCUGGUGCAAGCAGGCCACCGCGACGAUGCCAGCGUACCAGCUAGAGCAGCAAGACGCUGACCACACCGUUGCGCCGUCCAGGUCGCACUCGUUCUAA